GAGCGGUUACUCACUCCAUGGCUGCGGAAAAGAGAGGCAGCAGCGGCCUCGGCUGAAGAGAGAAGGCGGGAGUGGAGAGCGCAGGCGCGGAAGAAAACGGAGUGCACCCUCGCCAGUCCAGACACAUGGCCUCUACCUGCGCUCCUCUGCAUUAAGCCAAGGCAAAUCUCAGACUCUGGCACCGCUGGUCUAACAAGGGGACCAGGACAAAGCCACCACUCUUCGCCCUGACGAUGACUUCUGUCCCGGGCUAACCGGAAGGCCAUGGGCGCCGAGAGAGCCCCUGAGAGCCAGCCUUGCACCUGGCGCCUCCUCGCCCUCGUCCCCGUCCUCCUCGGCCUGGUGGCCUCCGUCGAAUGGAAGACCGUCCGCAGCCAGGACCCCUUCGAGGUGUGCAUGCACGACCCUGACUAUGAGCAGCUGCUCAAGGUGGUGACCUUGGGCCUCAAUCGGACCUUAAAGCCCCAGAGGGUGAUCGUGGUCGGUGCCGGCGUGGCCGGGCUGAUGGCCGCCAAGGCGCUCAGCGAGGCCGGCCACAAGGUCACCAUCCUGGAGGCAGCCAACAGGAUCGGGGGCCGCAUCCUCACCUACCGGGAUGAGAAAACGGGCUGGAUUGGGGAGCUGGGAGCCAUGCGCAUACCCAUGUCACACAGGAUUCUGCAUGAGCUCUGCAAGAGCCUGGGGCUCAACCUGACCAAAUUCAUCCAGUACGACGAGAACGCGUGGACCCAGGUGGGCGACGUGAAGCUGCGGAACUACGUGGUGGAGAAGAUUCCGGAGAAGCUGGGCUACGACCUGCGCCCCCAGGAGAAGGGCCACGCGCCUGAGGACAUCUUCCAGAUGGCUCUCAACAAGGCCGUCACCGAUAUCAAGACCCUGGGCUGCAGAAGGGCCAUGAGGAAGUUCGACAGGAUGACACUCCUGCAAUACCUCCUCAACGAGGGGAACCUGAGCCAGCCCGCCAUAAACCUCCUGGGGGACGUGAUGUCCAAGGACCGCUUCUUUGAUCGCAGCUUCUUGGAGGCCCUGCGGGCCCACAGUUCCCUCAGCGAUCGGCUCCGGUACCGCCGCGUCGAGGGCGGCUGGGACCUGCUGCCGCGCGCCCUGCUGAGCACGCUGUCGGUGCCGAUCCUGCUGCGCACGCCGGUCGCGGCAGUGACGCAGGAGGCGCGCGAGGUGCGCGUGCACAUAGGGACCUCGCACCGGGCUCGGGAUCAGAAGACCAUGGUCGCUGACGUGGUGCUGCUGACGGCCACCGGGCCGGCGCUGCAGCGCAUGAAGUUCUCGCCGCCGCUGCCCCGCAAGUGGCAGGAGGCGCUGCGCGAGCUGCACUACGAGCCGGCCAUCAAGGUGUACCUGAGCUUCCGCCGGCCUUUCUGGCACGACGAGCACAUCCAGGGCGGCCACUCCAACACCGACCGCCCGGCGCGCGUGAUCAUCUACCCGUCGCCAGGGGAGGGCUCGCUGCUGCUGGCCUCGUACACGUGGGGGGAUGCCACGGCCCCGUUCGCGGGCCUGAGCACGGAAGACACGCUGCACUUGGCCCUGGAUGACGUGGCGGCGCUGCACGGGCCGAUCGUGUACCGGCUCUGGGACGGCACUGGCGUCGUCAAGCGCUGGGCGGAGGACCCACACAGCCACGGCGGCUUCGUGGUGCAGCCGCCCACGCUCUGGCGUGCCAGGGAGGGCUGGGAGGAACUGGACUGGGCGGCCCCCUAUGGUCGCGUCUACUUCGCUGGGGAGCAUACCGCCUACCCGCACGGCUGGAUGGAGACAGCCGUCAAGUCCGCACUGCGCGCUGCGCUGUCCAUCAACGGCCAAAGGCACAGCCGGACCAACAGCCAGGAGGAGGCCCUGCACUCGGAGGAGGCCCUGCACACGGAGAAGGCUCUGCACACGGAGGACGAGGAGCCCGUGCGCGUGGCCGAGGGCCCCGUGGACUGCCAGCCCCUGUGCAGGUCUCAAAGGGCGGAGACCACCUACCCUUCAACCCUGCCCGGGACCGCCACUCCCAACGCCAACAGCCAGGCGACGGAGCAUUAAAUUAUUUUCGGAAAAAG